CGUCGUCGUCGGGCCGCAUCUGCGCAUUUUCCAGCUGAGUUUCCCUCACAGGCGAGGUUCUCUGCCUGUCCCGGAUUGUCGUGUACGCGCCGACACACCAGGCCGGCAGGGAAACGUACGGGAAAUCGACACGACUACCGUUCACAUAUCGUCAAAUAAUUAUGUACAAAACGGUGCGGAAAGGCGAUGCCAGCUUGCAGUACACGAUACUGCCGCAGACGGAUCAGUUCUCGUCCGGCGGAUUCCCGCAGACUUCCGGUAAACCGCGGCCGAAAAUCAUCAAGUACACGAUGGGCACGGUGAUGGUGCUGAUCAUCCUAUCGUGCGUGGCUACGCCGUUUCUGAUGAAUCAAAACGAUCACAAUCUCUUCACCAGCACGAUGCUGGCGAUGAGCCGAGUCGAGCCAGUUAGGAACACGUCGAGAAGCCAAACGAAGGAUGUCGGUGUGAGUAAGAACAGAAACAAGAUCCCGGCCACGACAGUGUCGACGACUGAGGUCACCAAGAGAAAAGACCUCGAAGAUGGCACGACUUCCAUCAACAAAAUUCUUCAUGGGGAGGAAGAGGACAAAGAGGAGGCGGUGAUUGACGAUGCAACGUUAGCAGAUACGCCGGAAAUCAGUGCACAAGCGACACUGAGCAUGGAAACAUCGACGGGCGGCCACCAAACGACAACGGUUUCCGCUCUGUCACCGAUAGUGAACUUAUCGACAUCGUCGACGACGCCGAAGGUGUCUUCGAGCAGUACGACGGAGGACACGAAGACGAUGAGCACGCCGAAGAAGCCGAAGAUGCCGAGGGUGACCCUAAAGCUGCGGGAGAACGAGACCAUACCGCAAAUGUACAUGAAGGCGGGGAUAGCUUCGUACAAGAAGGGCAACAUCACCACCAGCGUCCUCGCGCCUCGCCUAAGUCUGGAAGGCUUGAUAUUCAAAACGCCGGAAGGCACGAUAAAGCCCUGGCCGCAGAAGUGGUUCUUCAGCGAUCCCUCGGCCGACUUCCAGUGGAAGGGCUCGACCCAGAUGCCGGUCACAAUUUACAUCGUCCUCGCGGGACUGGCCGCCCUGGCGAGCGUCAGCAUCGUCCUCAUGUUUUACGUGCAACGUAAAGCAUCGAGACGUCACCGGCCGAACGUCGAGGAGCCGGAAGUCGAGGAGCACGAGGAGGACAAGUCGACUCUGCUGGGCGCGGAAAAUCAGGAAGCCGAGGAGAAGGAAUAAAUUCCGCCGACGAGCACGACGCACCCUUGCACAGCGCGCGUAAGACUUGCCUAUUUUUACAACACACAUCUCUCACCGUUAGGUUUAGGGUCUUCCACGUCGAGGAGAGUUGAGGAAAUCGCGGGGAUUGCGGGGAGAGGAAUUUUUUUACGACGCGGCCAGUUGACCGGGGAAAUCGCGAAGCGAACGCACAUCCGGGUGAUUGACGCCUGAGUUGAGAAUCUGCACGCAAAAUUCGUUUAUCGGGCUUAUCGUCGCGCCAUGACGGUUCCUCAAAUACGGGAUCCGCUCGCGCGAGCGAGAAACGAUCACGUACAAUCAUAGUUAGCGUUGGGUUCUUUAUUUGGAGAAAUCCGAUUUUGUACAUGUUUUUUAAUGAAUUAGCGAUGGACUAGUUAAGUUGAUUACGAUAGCGAUAUAGUUCGAUUAGCGAUGCGACAUGAAUCUUGCGACAGUCGAGUUUAUUAAAAAAUUGAGCGAGAUUUCUGUUAUUUAUAUUUUAUAAACUUGCGAUGAGACACGGUGGGUUUGCGAAAACCCGCCGCGUUGAACGCACAAUCGUGCGUGAAGACAAACUAUAUAUAUGCAGAGGAAAAAUACGUACCUCACUGGCAAGUUAAGGAGACCAAAAUUUGUAAAUCUAUUCAAGAAAGUGAAGAAGAAGAAUAACAGAAAAGUUCUUCUACUUCUUUCAGAAAUUUAUUCAGUUUUCACAUGGAAAUUACAAACGCGAUUUAGCAAUGUUUAAAAAAGCGUCUCGAGAAUAUUACAGUUAUUUUUUCUCAUGACUCUGAUUCGUGUGAAUUAAUUUUGCAAUAUAUGCGUAACAAAAGAAUGCAAGAAUUACGGCAAAGAUCAUUGUAAACGGUAAUGAGAAACUAGAUUUGUAUACCGAGAAAUAAGAUAAGAUUAUAGUGAGGAGGAAGAUUUACAUGAAAUUUAAUCGAAAGUAUACGCGAUAGUAAAUGUAAAUGAACGGAAAAAAUGUAAAUUCAUUACAGAGCUUUCCAUUCUUGGAGCUUUUAUGCGCGUCUCAGAGUUAAGACAUUAUCAUAUAAAUCACAUGAUUCUAGGAACUGAUAGGGGUCUCCUUAAUUCGGCCUGUACUUGCUAAACUUUCUAUAAUGUACACGAGAUAUACGUAUGUAUAUGAUUACAAGGUAUUAUGUAUACGUGUGUCGACUUUUCUAGCGAAUCUCAAAAGAGUGCUUUCUGACUUUCUGACUUUCAGUCGGAAUUCUAUCUACGUAUGAAAAUAGCCGUACUGCCAGCUACAAUGGAAGGUCAGCUUUCCAACCCCGUUUAAUUAAAAGUGAUAUUUGACGAACGUGCUAUCGGGUGUAUCGUUCAAUUGAUAUCCGCAUGCCGUUCACUCGGCGAUAUCCAUCAUACGCGGAAAUGUAAUGCAGUAUUUUGCAAAAUAUUUCAAAUAGAUUGACGAUAUUACAAUUGGAAAUAUGUAUACGUGUGACUUGUGUUUUGUAUUAUGUUGAAUUAAUCCAAAAGAGCGAUAGGGAGAUUUAAUUAUAGGUAGCUCCAUUAACGCCUCGUCUCGCUAAAAGUACAAUAUGGAAUUAUUUAUGUAAAAGUGUGGGGCAACAGAAUCAUUUUGUAUGAUUGAUUAACAGUUCAUAAAACUAUGCAAGUUAUAUUUUGCCAAAACUGGGAUUGCUAUGAACGUGCGUUACAUACACAUUAUUAUUAUACAUUAACAUUAGCGUUAUGUAUGUCGUUAUAUAUGUAUAAAAAAGUAUACCGCCAUUGCGGAAAUGUGCACUUUAAAGAUACAAUGUUCGAUAAGCGGACAUAUUAAACAUUCAAAGCAAAACAAUUUUGAAAAUAUUAAUUUCAAUGUAUUUCACACUUUAUAAAUGUUUAAGUUUCGUUUAAUAUGCCAUAAUAUAUAAAAGUGAUUUAAAGUGCUUUUACUAAAUUUCAUUCUUUCGGCUGAAAAAAUAAGUAUCUAGAGAUACCGGAUAUUGGAUAGAGUAUAUCGUACGGUGAAGCUGUUAAUUACAGAUCCUAAUCUUAAUUCUCUCAAUUAAUCUAGUUGAUAACUUAAUUAUGUCUGACAACUUCCAGAUCACUUUUAUCUCUUUCUUACGAAUUCAAGCGAUUGUUGAGAGAUCUGUUAAGCGGUAUGCAAGCGAGAUUUAACUAUAUGAGCUUCAAGUAAGGAUAAUAUUCGUAAAAUCGAAUCCAAAGGUCGGUGUUGCUGUUUCAUUUUAUUUAUGGCAAAACGCAAGAUAAAGCUGUAACGAUAGUUACACGAUAAGAAACGCGACGCUUAUGCAAGCGCACUGAUGAUUCGCUUCGGAAUCUAGUGUUCGUUUAUUACGUAAUGGCGAUAACUAGUUGACCUAACUUUGCAAGUUGUUUACCGUCUGUAAGAUCCAUUAUAUUGAUAGAUCAUUUCUACCCUUUCCGAUUCAAUGGUAUUUCAUGUUCGAUCAUUUUUAUUUUAUAGACUCGCAACUCGCAGUAAGUUGUGCGACAUUCUAUAGUUUAAUCGCGUGACAUGUUGCAGGGAAUCACACAGAUAAUGUUAUGUUUCAGAUUUCGAAAACAUCUAAACUUACAAUAAUGUAUGUUAUCUGUAAGAGUCUUACAAUUACUUGAAAAGAAGCGACUGUCACAUCAAUGAAUAGUUAAAUAGACUAGGUCACGAAAGUAUUCAUUGUAAAUGGAAACACAUUUGCAAAAAUAAUCAGCGAAAAUUAAUGCGACACAUCAGAAAGCGAUUAUGCUCGCUUUCUGACGUUUGCGAUUAAAAAUUCAGAUUGCCCUGUUAUUCAUAAAUUAGAUUUAAGUUAAUGGAGGAUCAAAACUGAAAGCUUCAUGUAAACAAUGCACUUUUAGCCAUGUCGUUACACAAAAUUUUAUGCAAAAUUUUUUUCGGGUCAAAGAAUCAUAGCUGCGUGAUCAUACUGCUAAGCAAUUUCACAAAAUUCACUUAAUUUUAUGUAUGCUGUACAUUGUAAUUUGUACAUUGUCGUUAAAGUUGAAAUCACAGUGUCGUAUCGUAAAACGAUGCGAGUUACACAGCCGCAAAUUUACUCUAGGGACGCUCACUGAAAAUGCAAGUACAAUAAACGACGUAUUAUCACGAUUGUCACGCUCACUUACGUUGUACAUGCAUUUCAUAAUGACACUUUACUCAUCCUGCUAUAAGUAACGAGAAAAAAAUUUCAUCACAGUGCUGUAAUUAACGAGAAAAACACUUCACUACGAUAUGUAUGCGUGUGUGUGAUUGUACAUUUAGUUCAACGCGUGAUAAAGUUCUUGAUAAAAUUUUCGCUUAAUUAAGAAGCGAUUUGGGCAAUUUCGAUCUUUGAUCGUUUCUGCUUGUAAAUAUAUCUCGAAGAAUUUAUAAUAAUUUCUCAGUAUUCAGUAAAAUUUACUUAUUUAUUUUGUUCAUAUUUUUGCAUAUUAUAUUAAUAAUAUAUUAACAUAUUUUUUUUAGACUAAAAUCUCUGUUUUGCGCUUUGUUAUUGCGCUUAUAAAUUUUCAAUAUUGCGGUUGUUCCUAUAUUCUUUCAGAAGGAUAUAAUUUAUUUCAUUGUUUCAUAUAAUCGUUUAUAUUAACUUUUAUCUUUGCCUUUUGUUAACUAAUUUAUCAAUUUUAUCAUUAUUUUUAUUAUUUUAUUAUUGUCUGUUGUAUAAUAAUGUACAUAAUUUAUUACUUCUAUAAUUGCAAAGGACAUUGAAACGGAAAGUUUCUUCUUGGUAUAUAAAUGUUCUAUUUAGUUAAAUAAUCUGAAGCUGUUUAAAAAAAGAUAUAACAGUUUGUUGAAAUAUGUUAAUUGUAAAGUAUUUUGUAAAUAAUGAUUAAAUUUUAAGCGUCUGCGAGUCGUUAUUAGCACCGAAUAUUAAGAAAUAAUUUUUUAUUUGAUAUGUUGAGCAAUUCUGCAGCAAAGUCGUGCACAACUUAUGAUUAUCGUGCUAUAGGCGGAUAAGAGAGGAAGCAGGGAAUUUGAUAGCUCUAUCGGUACGAAAUAUAUUUAAGGAAUCUAAAAUUAAGGAUAUAAAAUUUAAAUCGUAUACUAACCAUUUUUGUGACUUUUCAUGUAUUGAACUUAAACUCUUACGAUAUCUACUUGAGUGCGACUGCGAAAUUCGAGGCUCAUGAUGUGCGAAAUUAUUUAUAAAGCAUCUAACGAAUAAUUGAAAAAAGAAAAAAAAACUAUGAUAUAAGCUCACCACAGGAUAAAAACGAGAACACUUUUUCCCUCUUGUACACCAAUUUUCCGUCACGUUGUAUUUACUUGAAUGUGAUAGGUCGGUUUUUGAGAAAGUCAUUAGAGGACUUAUGAGAGAUAUAACGCUCAAAUGAAUAAUUUUUCAAGACUUUUGCCGUUUCGUGAAAAUCGCACGAGAUAAGCGCGUCGUAGAAGAAGCGAGAGAAAAAAUCGUUCGAAAAUCGGUCGCGUGAUUUUCGAGAGACGGAUAUUCCGAGGACUCCGCGCCGAUAAACAGCAGUAUGCACAGGUAGAGCAUAUAUAAAAGCGAGAAAAAAUAAUGAUAAUGUUCGAUGCGUUUUCGAAAGAAAUAAGAAACUCAUAAGUGACACAAUAGUGCUGUAGCUGAAGAGAAAGACGGUUAUAGUUUCUAUUUUGAAGAUUAUAUUUUUUUAACUUUAUUAAUUUUUGACUUCCACGUACAUGUAUAAAAAAUGAAUACAAAAAAAUAUAUAUAUACAAAUUAUAAAUAUGAUGGAACUAUAAUAGACUAUUGUAUAUACAUAUACACGUAUAUUUUAAACAAGACCGUGUAGCGCAAUCACAAAAUUGUGCGAAAUAUUGUAGCUUAAUAAUUAAAAUAACGGCAAGGUGAAAAAGAUAAAAGAAAUUAAGCGAUUCGAAACAGCGAAAAUGAGGUAUCUGAGUAUAUCUUAUCGUCAGUCAAACUGCAAUAAAUUAUAGUCAUUUAUUACUGCAAGCGACGAAUUAACUCACAAAAGAAAGAAAAUUAUUUCUCAUAAACGUUUCCCAAAUACGUUUCUAAUUUGCAGAGUAGAAUUUCACCCAAACACUCUUAAGUUUGAUUUGGGAAUCAAUGGGAUGACGAGCGCUUCCUGGAAUUGAAUCCUAUUGAUUAAGUCCUAUUGAUUGCAUCUAUACAUUUGCGGUUAGAAGAUACACGGAUGUCGGAUCAUCAAUGAUCCACGUUGGAUCCACGUUACACGGUCUGCUCGCAUUAGCUAGCUUAGGUAGGCCAAACAAUUCUAUGUACAUAUAUUACUAACAUUGUAUGUGCGUAGACUCGAAGUGUCUGCGUAAGACGUGGCGGAUAAUCGAUCAUUUGCAUUUGUAGAUUCACGAUUUGGAAAAUUACUGUGAUAACAGUGACAGAAAGCCCUGUCGACUAGAAGAGGUAGAAACUGAUACACGUGUAUCAGCACGCACUUAAAUACAUUUUUAUUAAGAAUUAUCAGACAAAGCGUGACUUUUUACAAUACGGUUAAUCACUGAUCUCAUUCAAGCAGUGCACGUAAUGUGCUAAUCUUCCGCCAUAAUCCUAUCGGAUGCCUCGAUUCUACACGUGUGUCUUGACAAUCACGAUGCGGCUUACCGAUCGUGGUCCGUUUAUUAUUGAGAAUUGAAUUGUUAAUCGAAGUUGGGAAUGGACUAGCUCACGCCUGAUUAGGGCCUAUAAGUGUAUACAAACAAAUAAAACGUUAAGAAACGA